GUAUAGAUAGAUCUAGAGCUAGCAGUCGAAAAUUGAAUUUGCGAAGUCAUUGUUUACACGUCAAAAAAUUCUCGUUAAUCAUAUUUUCUCAAAAUGAGUACUCUCGCAUACGCUAUACCGUUGUCUCUGUUUGGCGGAUAUAUCAUUGUAUCUACCGUAUUAUUCAGAUUUCCGACUUUAAUUCAUUUAAAGAAGAAAUCAAAGUUUAAUGCUAAGCUCAUUGCCCACCGUGGAGGUGCAGCUGAAAAUUUUGAAAACACAAUCACAGCAUUCAAACAUGCAAGGAGUAUUGGGAUGGAGAUGCUGGAGUUGGAUUGUCAGAUCACCAAGGAUAAACAGAUAGUGGUGUCUCACGAUGAUCACCUAUCAAGGGCAUCCGGGGGAGACGCUCUUAUACAGGACACCAAUUAUGAGGAUUUGCCGACCAUGUGCUGUCCACUGGCUGUAACGUUUACUAAUGGAGGCAUGUGUACAUCAGAGUCUUCAGACCGACAUAUUCCCCUCCUGAGUGAGGUGUUUAAAGAGUUUAAAGACUUCCCCAUCAACCUUGAUAUCAAGAGGAAUGAUGAGGAACUGAUAAAUGGGGUGUUGGAUCUCAUCAAAGAAUACAAGAGGGAGACCAUUACUGUUGUAGGCAACUUUGACAGCAAGAUUGGUGAUAAAGUACAUAAAAAGGCUCCAGAAAUCCCUCUUCUCUUUGGUCUGACGAGUAUCUUCAAGCUGUUCCUGCUCACCUAUUCUGGUCUACUACCGUUUGUGCCUCUCAAGGAAUCUUACCUGGAGAUACCUACAGGGACACUCGUAAAAGACUUGGAAUGGACACAGAAUUCCAGCACUGCAAUGAAAACAGCAUUGAGGCUCUACGAUUUUCUCUUCAUCCGUCCUUUUCUGUUUCGCCAUCUUCAGAGGAGGGGUAUUAAGAUAUAUUUAUGGGUGCUGAAUAGUGAGAGGGAGUGGUCCCGCGCUAUCUCCCUCGGUGUCGAUGGCAUCAUGACCGAUUAUCCAUCCAAACUGAAGGACUUCUGCGAUGCCAAAGGAUUCUCUACCUCUAGUGACCCUUUACUAGAGAAUAGACAUUAAAGGUCAAAGGUUAAGGGUCAUGAACUGUAUAUCACUACUGCAGCUGAUUCCUGAGGCUACGGUCCAUGGACAUACCCUCUGCGUGAGUUGUUCUAAUACUUGAUUGUGAAGAAAAUCUGUAUUCAAAGAUGGGUGAGGUUUGGACUAAGCAGGGUUAAAGGUCACGGCAUACAGUUUAUAUUUUGACGGUUUGAUUAUAAAAUGAUAUUGAAAAGUUAUACAGUUCAAGGACCCAUAAUGUGCAUAAAAAAAUUCCUGUAGUUGUGGUUAAUUGAAUGUGGAUGGAUUAAAAGCUAAAGGGUGUCAAAGGUCACGGAGCACCUUUUGUGUUUUAAUGCUUUAAUUAUGAAAAUGAUACAAUGGUAAAGAGGACCAUAUUUUCAUGUACCAGUGUUAAAGUACUAUGAUAUAAAGCCAAAGAAAAGGGUUAUUGUUUGGGAUAGGCUUGCUGGACAAUUCAGAGAUGAAUGUAAUAUAAGUUUAACAGGGUUAAAGGUCAAAGAGAACCUUUUGAGUUCAAUGCUUUAAUUAUGAAAAUGAUACCAAUGGUAUAGAGGAUCAUAUUUUCAUGUACCAAUGUUAAUGUACUGUGAUUGUAGAGCCAAAGAAAGGCAUAUUUCUCUUCAAGUGCAAAAAGAGGUCAUGGUUUGGGUUAGGCUUGCUAGACAAUUCAAAGAUGAAGAUAAUAUAAGUUUAACAGGGUUAAAGGUCAAAGAGAACCUUUUGUGUUCAAUGCUUUAAUUAUGAAAAUGAUACCAAUGGUAUAGAGGAUCAUAUUUU